ACAAUAACAAGUACAUACAUAAGCAAUGUUUUAUGUGUACCUUGUGGCAAGUGCAAAAUAAAUAUUUUUAACUCUAAAUGCAUUUUUAUUUUAAUUCACUUCCGCAAUUUCAAGAAUUUUACAAAAAAAAAGGAAAAUACCUAAGUGGCUAUAAAAUAAUAAACUUAAUAUUUCUAAGACCAGAUGAUGCCCUUAAAUUUUAUUCAUAAUGAAUGAAAUAUUUCAGUUACUAUUAUUUACUCGAAGACAUGAUACAUGCCAAAAUAAGAAAAAUGAUUUGCUUCAGUGUAUUUUUAGUUUUAAAUGUCAUAUCAUCAAGUAAGAUUUUAGCAAUGGAGAAUACUGCAGAAAAUACAGAAAUUGAACAAGAAAAUUCAGUGAUAAAUAAUAGACAAUUAUAUCAAACAUAUACAUCAACUAAAUUUACAAUACCAAAACGGCAAGCUAUAAUUUCAACCGGACAAAUAUUUACACCAGAUGCUUUUCCAAACUAUCAUGUACCAAGGAAUCAACAGAUUCAACAAUAUCCAUUUUUUAAGCCAACUAAAACUACACAAACUCAAAAAUUUAAUAUUCAAAACUCAAGUAAUACAGGAGGAAAAUUUGUUUUUCCUGAUCAGCUUGAGACAUCAUAUACUGUAAAGCAGACAAGAAAUUCACAACGACAACAACGAAAACUUCAGCAGCAAUAUAAUAGAGAUGCUAUCAAACCAAAUUUUGAUAAACCAUUGGGUUCGGCCUGUCAAAGAAGAGUCGAUAACAAAAAUGGUUUUUGUUUAUUUGCUCAUCAAUGUUUACAUAUUGUUCGAGAGUUUCGAGUUCAUGGCAUUCAAUUAGAUAUAUGUUCAUAUCAAGGAAGUGUUCCGAUUAUAUGCUGUCCACGUGAAAAUAAAUUUAUUAAUGAAAACAAUAACGAAACACAACGGAUUAGUGCAAAAAAAUGUGCAGAAUAUAAUAAUUUUGGAAUGGAACUAUUAAAACCUUCUGAACGAGCAAAUCAUUUAAUUAAAAAGUGUGAAUUUAGUGUACCACUAAUUGUCGGAGGAGAAGAAACCCUUCUUGGUGAAUAUCCGCAUAUGGCUGCCAUAGGCUGGAUAAAAGAACAAGGGAGUAUAAGUUGGGCUUGCGGCGGUAGUCUUAUAAGUGAAAUUUUUGUACUGACUGCUGCUCAUUGCACUUCUUUAGGUGGAAAAUCGCCAAAUUUAGUUAAGCUGGGUGCACAUGGAAUCGAUUCCUCAGUUGAGGAUGUGAACAUUCAAAUAUUAAAAGUUUCUGAAAUAAUCUCAUAUCCAAAAUAUAAGAAAGAAGAAUAUUAUUAUGAUAUUGCAUUGAUUAAAUUAAAUAAAAAUGUUUUAUUUUCUAAAUACGUAAGACCAGCUUGUUUAUGGUUUCGAUCUAAAAUUGAUGAUGUUGAAAUUGUAACAGCAACUGGUUGGGGUAGAACACGAUACUUGGGUCCAAGAUCAGAUAAACUUUUAAAAGUUGAUUUGAAAAUGAUUGAUAGAAACAAAUGUAAUGAAUUAUAUAAAAGGGAAAUUAAAUUACAUAGAGGCAUUACCGAAAGUCAAUUCUGCGCUGGAUAUCUCGAAGGUGGAAAAGAUACAUGCCAGGGAGAUUCUGGUGGACCAAUUAAUGUUCAUAUGGGGAAAUAUAAUUGCAUUAAUUAUAUUAUUGGAAUAACAUCAUUUGGGAAAUUUUGUGCAGCACCAAAUUCACCAGGUGUUUAUACUAAAAUUAAUUCAUAUCUUGAUUGGAUUGAAAAAAUAGUCUUCAAAUAACAAAAUAUAAAUUAUUUACAUCUUUAUAUUAUUUAACAUUCAG